AUUUUCUGAUGAAAAGUCUCAAAAAAUCAAAUUUUUCACGUCAUUGGAAACAUCUGUCAAAUUUUCGUGUCUACUCACGUCACGAUCAAUCCAAUAAACCUCCUGUCAUUCUCACAAUGUUUUGGUUAGUAUUGGUUAAUAUCCCACACCGCUACCAAAUUUCAGUUCACCUAUAAUAAAUCGGCCAAAUAUUUUUACAUUUAUUGAAUAGUAUUAGAUUUAGAUGUGUUUUGUCUAUAAUUUUGUUGCAUAUUGUUUUUGGUUACAUUAAAUAAAUAAUUUCAAAACAUGAGUGCAAAUUUGGCGUGUGUUAAUCAAAAGCCGACCCAAAAUGGUAUCAAAAAUCAAAAAAUUGAAGCACAACAGCCAAUUGAAAACGUGUGCAUUGUCACAAAUACAGAGGAAUUUAAAAAGGCAAUCGAAAUCCUUAAAUCAUCUUGCAAAGACUAUGGUGUGCUUGGUAUUCAUGGUGAUUGGGACAAAGGUAAACCAAGAACGUUGCCGAUACCAUUCGAUGUUUUAUCGUUUGCAACAUAUAAUGGCUUCGUUGUGAUGUUUCGUCUGACGCAAUUGAAAUGUAUCCCAAAAGAACUGGAGGAAUUAUUAGCAAAUAAAGACAUAGUGAAGGUGCAUUCCAGAGGAUUCAAUUUUCGAAUGAAGGGCAAGUGUAAAAAGAAAGUUGUAGGCAAAUUGGAUUUGUGUGAUUUGGCCAAGGAAAUCGAUUCAACACCUACUACGUUGAGAGAAUUGUCUAAAGUAUAUCUGCAGAAAGAGCUUCCUGAAAUUUCCAUUUUCACCGAAGGUUGGCUGGAAAAUAAAUUGAAAACGGAGCAUAUCAAAUUCGCGGUAGACAGUGCGCUCUCUUGCAUCGAACUAUUUAAAUGUUUUGCUAGCAAAAGCUUGCCGGAUAUGCAUUUGAAUGAGCAAACAGUCAGAGAGUUUAUCGUCAAGUACUGUGCGCAACACCUUGACAAAGUCCGAGAACAAUCGAAUGAAGUACAAAAAUACUGUCGAUCGGAAAAGUAUUUACAACUGGAAAGCGAUGAAAGUCAAAAUCUAUUGAAGGAACUCAUUUCUUGUUGUAAUGAAAACAAUGUGAUUGGCUUGGCCUGUAAUUGGAAUUGCGACAAAGAGAAAACGGCGAUGCUACAACUAGCUUCAUUACAGGGUGUUUGUUUGUUAGUACAAUUGCCAAAUACAAACGUGGAAAUCGUUCAAAAUACCCUGCUGAAGGAAAUAUUCGAACGAGAUGACAUUAUGAAAGUAGGCUUCGCCCUGCAAAAGGAUGCCGAAAAAAUAUUUGAUCGGUAUGGUAUUCGAAUCAAUAGUCUAUUUGAUUUGCGUCACAUGGCCAAAUUGUGUGGCCAUCAGCCAACUAGCUUAACGAAGAUGGUAAGACGAUUCGUCGAAAAGGAAGCAAAUGAAAUUGCAAGCAGAAAAAUAACCGAGAUCAAAUCUGGUGUAAAUCAUGCCCAAGGAUCUGUUCUACUUUUCAAUGCUUUUGCUGAAAAACUGAAUGUCAACAGUAAUAUCGAUCAACAAUCUCAGUUUAUUAAAAAUGUCAUCAAAGUUCAUUGCGCCAAACACUUCAAUGAAGAAUACAAAAUGGUCACCGUUCAACUGCAACCGAAAGACAUACGCAUUGUUGAUGACGAAAAUCAAUGCGUGAAAGUGAUGCAAGAGAUUAAAUCACACUGUGCAGAAUACCCAGUCAUAGGAUUUGAUUGUGAGCGAUUUGCGUGGAAAAAGAGUGGAGGAGAGUCGCUGUUACAAUUGGCAACACAUCAAGGUCUCUGUGCGCUCAUUCGUUUGUGCCAUAUCAAAGUAAUUCCAAAAGAGCUCAAGGAUAUCAUGCGGGAUAAAAGCAUCAUCAAAGUUGGAAAAUGUGUGCACGCUGAUGCAAAAGCUUUGGGAAAUGAUGGAAUCUAUGUUAGUAGUACACUUGACGUCGGUUCUAUGGCGGUGAAGUGUGGUUUUCAUAGCGGAGGCCUAGAAAACAUGUCACAUACUUUUCUGAAUGCUCCAUUGUACAAAAAUAAAAGAAUUACGCUGUCGAACUGGGAACGCAAAGAGUUAGAUGAUAUGCAAAUAUCGUACGCAGCUAAAGACGCAAUGUAUGGAUUUGAACUUUUUAGAUUUUUUGCCGAAAAACUAGAAUUGAAUUUAUCCUUUAAGAAGGAAUCGGACUAUGUUCGUCAUAUAAUUAAAAAGUACUGUGCCGAUUGUAUCCAGGAUAAUUGAAAACGCUUUUUUUUGCUUUUUUCGAAUCAUUAUCAAAGUUUUGAAAUCACACAAAACAAACAAAACAUGUUUGGGGUGUAAUAAAGGGUUUUAUCGAAAAAAAUUACCCGGCAUAGCCAACUUUUAUAAAGAUUUAAUAAAAGUACUGCAAAAU